AUGGAGAAGGAGGGGGGACAGAAUCCAAUCCGGUUUGAGCUAGUUUUUGUUUCGAUGGAACAUUAACGUCUAGCUACACUGUGAUACAGGGUACUGUUUGAAUCUUUUAGUGAACACAGUCAGUAUUUUUCGGCUUGUCGGCUCGGAAAGAUUGUUACAUUCCGUUUAUAAAAUUGCCUACAAGAAAAACAGCCAUGCCUAAAAGAAACAAAGCCAGCAAUGACACUGAAGCCAAUGAGCCCAAAAGGAGAUCUGAGAGGUUGAUAAAUAAACCCGCUACCCCAAAAUCUGAGCCUAAGCCAAAGAAGGCACCUGCGAAACCCAAGAAGGCAAAGGAGGUGGAAAAGCCCAAGCCAGAGGAGGAAAAGAAGGAAGAGGAAGUCCCCGCAGAGAAUGGAGAAGCCAAAACUGAGGAGGAGGCACCAGCUACAGAGGAAGAACCUGAACAGAAAGACGAGGUGGCGGAAUAACAUCUCUUUCCCACAUCCUUUUACCAGUGCUCCCUGUACCUCUUUUCUUGUACAAUUCAGGGGAAUAUUUUUAUCUACUAUUUUCUAAAUGCAGGUUUUUUAGUAGUUUGAUUGUAGAAACACAUUUUUUUAAGAAACAAAAAUACAUUUGGAGAGGGGUUCCACUGCAUCCCACAUUUUUACAUCUCUGGAAAAUUAUGGUCAUUUUAAAUGUCAGUGGUUUUUAUUUUUUCAAAAGGGGAGGGAGUGGAGCAGGUUGCGGCAUUGAGAACACUUGAGUGUCAUUUUCAGGAAAUGAUUGUACAACUGAGAGCUUGCCUGAGAGACUAACAUUCCAUAGGCUAUAUGAGGGACGAUAUAUGUAACCUGUAUCGUAUGGGGACGGGGAGGAAUUAUUCAAGGGGUUAUACAUUGUUUAUUGUUUAUAAUGGAAAAAAAAAAGUUUUAGAAUGUUUGUAAGCUGUGUUCUAUAAAUGUUAUCUCUUGUAUCCAUGCAGUUUUCUUAAUCAGCCAUUCUGUUUAAUAAACCUGUUCUGUAGUACUGGAGUUUUCCCUAUCAGGCCUGUGCAUUGCGUGUAUUGCUUUUGUCUCUGUUUGGUGAUAGCAUUGCAAUAACAUUGUAUACCUGCUGUGAAAAGGGUUUUCAGAUUUUCUAUAUGCAGUGUGUAAUGGUACAUUUGUGGGGAUGGUAAAAUGGAAUAUAUCUGUUUUUAGCAAAGCUAAUGACAUGCAUAACAGUGUUAAACAUACUGAUGGUAACUAUUCCUUUUAAGGAUACUGAGAAGCAAAUGACUGGACAUUAACUUGAACUGUCAAGUGAACAUACCAGCAGUAGCAAUAUUCACAAGUGGGGUUUAGGUAACCAGUACAAAUGUACAGUUU